AUGGCGGGCAACAAUCGUAUGUCGACAUACUCGAUGACAUCUUCUGCCACAGGAGUCGCUCGAAACUUUCAUGCUGCGGGUCAACAAUCAUCGCAAGUAUCCACAACCACACUUUUGAACGCCGUUCACCACAUUUACACAUCCGGCCAACCAUAUCGACUGGAUGCUAGCAGUAGUUUGGUGGUGAAUACAUGGCUAUCGGCUUCACAGCUUGAUCGUGAGGGAAGAACUGGAGGCACAAUAGAUUCAGCUUUGGCUGCACGAGCUUGGGAACAUGCUAGAAGACGUGCGGAAGAUGGUUGUAUUGUUUUAGGUUCCCUUCAUGAAGCCACUCCUUCCAUUUUGGUUCCUUUUCUUAGCACCCUUCCUCUUUCCAUUCCCGAUUCAUUGUAUACCGCCCUUACCGUAUUACGACCCUUUAUCCACUGCGUUUCUCCUCAAAACCCAUCUACACCUCGGCAAUCUGCUCUUGGUGUGACCUUGACUUUAUCACUCGGCGGAAACCUUACGGCUGCGUCAAUAGCAUUAUCAGAGGGUGGGAUUGACACCAGUAAGGGGCUCUUAAACCUCCCAGCUGAGCCAGGAUAUCGAGCUUUUGACGUAUUUUACUACCUUCUUACAUCUGCCUCAACACCCGCCGAACGAGAAUUCUUGAGCUUGAAACAGGCUUCUAGUUACGCGCUUUUGGAAAAAUCUGGCACAUAUGACCCUCCAUCGUACCUUCCUACCGCGGACGAUGCAGCAGCCGCAGAUGAUUUCAGAGUAUCUUUGAAGGCUAUCGGUAUCAAGGGCGCAGCACACCGAGAUCUCAUAUCAAUUUUAGCAGGUUUAUUGAAGCUAGGGGAUACUUUGAGCUUCAUCCUCGAUGGAGACGCGUUGGAGGAGAUUUGCGAAGAUGUAGGAGGUCUGCUUGGGUUAGAACCCGAAGUUCUUGUCAAGCAGUGCACGACACAGGAGCGAGAAACUCUGAUCGGUGGUCUCUAUGAAGCCCUUGUAGAUUGGGUGAUUUCGAAGGCCAACGAAGCCAUUGCUAGCGAGAUGGUCAGAAUCAAGGACGUCGAUUCUUCGAGUGAGAGUGGACCAGGAGCUCGAACCCCAAAUACCGAGGACGAUAGCGGUGACACUGUUUGUAUAACUGUUCUUGAGAUCCCGCACCCUAACCUUGGUAAAGCGGCCGCAAUGCGAGGUGUCUUUGACGAUACUCAAGGUAUCAAUGCCGAAAUGAAAGAAGAUGGGGUUGAUGUGGUUACUGCUGGCUCAACUGUCAUCCGAGAGAUGCAAAAUGCAGUAGCUGAAGCUGCCCCAGAUCUUGGUAUCAUGACUGGACCUGCCGGACGAGACCGUGAACACGAGCUUGAGAAACGUGAGAUCGUCUUAGAAAAGGUGGCUCACGAGGGAGAAGAAGAUGGUUUCCUCAAGAAGCUUCUCCUCCCAAUUGAAGGGCAAGGCAUCAAUUUAGGCCGCAAUGGUCGUAUUGAUCUACCGUCUGUUCUUGGUAGCAGUCGUGUUUGGUAUCACUUAUCGAUGCAUCCCACCGAUGACUUACCUGCAACUCUAGCUUCACUUGCUUCAACAACUUCGGCUUGGUCCGCAGGCGCCGUGUCGCGACAACUCCGCGCAUGGCGUCUUCCGGAAUGGGCCAAUCGACGAAACAAAAACUUAGAUUUUACAGCCGAUUUCGAUUUCGAAGAAUUUGUUCAACGAUACGCUCCUCUUGGUUGCAAGGAUGGCCGUGACGGCAUUGAAAGCUGGACCAUGGAACGCGGUUGGAGCAACGGUGAAGUUGUCAUUGGCAAGGAGAGGAUAUGGAUUCGUGAGAGUGCUUGGUGGGAGGCUGAAACCAUGCUUGACCUGAAGCCGGCCGAGGGGGAAUUUCAAAGCAUGGGCGGCCCGGGAGGUAUGGCAGGCAUGCUAGAAGCCCACGACAUGAAUACUGGAUACUCCCCUAACGCCCCCAACGGAAGCGGUUUCUUUGCCGCUCCUAACAACGAUUUGACACACGUUGGAAGUCAUGAUCACCUCAUCAAUCGUCAGAGUCAAGCAAAUGUAGCCCGAAGUGCUCUUGGAGCGCCCACUAUCGCACCAUCGAAAAACAUCGGCGGCGGUGGCGACUAUGGACUUGGAUACAAAGGAGACGAUAUGAAGGGGCAGGUUUAUUACACAGACGAGAAUGGCGAAUUCGUCAAUGACCCCGAAGCUGGUACCCCGAAAGCUAUCAUUAAUGAGAAAGCAACCAACCAGCGUCGGAUUUGGGUCGCUGUUACCUGGGCUCUUACGUGGUGGGUACCAUCGUUUCUUCUUCGAUUUGUUGGUCGUAUGAAACGUCCAGAUGUGCGCAUGGCCUGGAGAGAAAAGCUGGUCUUGGUUUUCUUUAUCCUCUUCCUCAACUGCUUGGUUUUAUUCUGGAUUAUUGAAUUCGGUAAACUCCUCUGUCCAAAUUCCGACAAGGCAUGGAACGCAAGCGAAAUCGCUACUCACCGAGGAAAUAAUGAUUUCUGGGUCAGCAUUCACGGAAAAGUAUACGAUCUUUCCAAGUUUUGGAAGUUGCAGCACAGCGAUACUACUGUCACAACCACCUCCGAUGUUAUGCAACCUUUCGCUGGUCUGAAUCUGGACGGCUAUUUUCCACCACCAUUGACCGUCGCAUGCCCUGGCCUUAUCACGGAUUACACCAAGGUACUAUUAGACAACACUACACUUGAAUAUACAAGUGGAAUCCAUACGUCUGGAAAUCUUUCAGCGUAUACGACCAGCAAACUCUUUAACUGGGAUUGGUAUGCGGAUGUAUACACACCUGCCAUCAAAGAAUACUACCAUGGUGAUCUAGUAGUGAAGAAGAGUACGCUUGAGAGCGAGGGUCAAGACGAUGGGCAUUAUUGGGUCAUCCUUAAGGGGAAGAUAUACGAUUUCACCAACUAUUACUACACAACAACUUUAUUUUCUACUGAUACCACCUGGCAGUUCAUGGACGAUACAAUUUAUCAAAUGGUGGUCGCAAAUCCAGGUUUAGAUAUCACGAGCAAAUGGGAUGACAACUACAAAAAUGCUAACGCAUCUUACCAAGUGGAUAUCCUCAACAAUUUGAAUUGCAUGAACAAUUUAUUUUCCGCAGGUAUUCCUGACUUCCGAGAUUCUUUCAAAUGUCAGAUCAACAAUUACAUCCUUCUCGCCUUUACGAUCCUGUUGUGUAGUGUCAUUGUCAUUAAGUUCUUAUCUGCACUUCAAUUUGGUUCGAAGCGUCGUCCGACUCCUCAAGACAAGUUUGUUAUUUGCCAAGUUCCAGCAUAUACCGAAGGCGAAGAUUCAUUACGUAAAGCUUUGGAUUCUUUGACAGCUUUACAGUACGAUAAUAAACGAAAGCUUAUUUGUGUCAUUUGUGAUGGUAUGGUGGUAGGAGGUGGUAAUGAUCGACCAACACCAAAGAUCGUCCUCGAUAUUCUUGGAGUGGACCCAAAGAUGGAUCCUCCUGCCUUGCCAUUCAAGUCUGUCGGAGACAGCAACGAGCAACUUAACUAUGGUAAGAUCUACUCGGGUUUAUAUGAAUUCGAAGGAAAUGUGGUCCCAUACAUCGUAGUCGUUAAGGUUGGCAAGGAAUCUGAACAAUCGAAAUCAAAGCCUGGUAAUCGCGGAAAACGAGACUCUCAGAUCCUCCUCAUGAGCUUCCUCAAUCGUGUCCACCACAGGUCACCAAUGAGCCCAUUGGAGUUGGAAAUGUUCCACCAAAUUAACAACAUUAUUGGCGUGGAUCCAGAGCUUUACGAAUACAUACUUAUGAUCGAUGCCGAUACCAGUGUCAGGGAAGAUUCCUUGAAUCGCCUCGUGGCUGCUUGUUCUAAUGAUGGUAAAAUUGCUGGUAUCUGUGGUGAAACCACUCUCGAAAACGAAGAACAAUCUUGGUGGACUAUGAUUCAAGUUUACGAAUAUUUCAUUUCUCAUCAUCUGGCAAAAGCUUUCGAAUCUCUAUUCGGCAGUGUUACUUGUUUACCUGGUUGUUUCACCAUGUAUCGUCUACGUACUGCUGAUAAGGGCAAACCGUUAAUUAUCUCCGAUGCUAUUAUCAACGAGUAUAGUGAGUGUGUUGUUGAUACUUUGCACAAGAAGAAUCUUUUAUCUCUUGGAGAGGAUCGAUUCUUGACUACAUUGAUGACCAAGCACUUCCCAUACAUGAAGUAUAAAUUCAUUCCAGAUGCAUUCGCUAGCACCGCCGCACCCGAAACAUGGAGUAUUCUUCUUUCCCAGAGAAGACGUUGGAUUAAUUCUACCAUUCACAAUCUUGCUGAGUUGGUCUGGCUCCCGGAAUUGUGUGGGUUUUGUUGUUUCAGUAUGAGAUUUGUCGUCUUCAUCGAUCUGUUUGGCACAAUUAUCCUUCCUUCAACAACAGUCUACCUUGGAUAUCUGAUCUACAAAGUCGCAACACAUCAGGGUCAAUUCCCUCUCAUUUCCAUUUGUAUGAUUGCUGGUACAUAUGGUCUUCAAGCUUUGAUAUUUAUUCUCAAACGUCAAUGGCAGCACAUUGGUUGGAUGAUUAUUUAUCUCCUUGCUUUCCCAAUUUACUCGUUUGUUCUCCCAAUCUACUCAUUCUGGAACCAAGACAACUUCUCUUGGGGUAACACACGUAUUGUUCUUGGAGAAAAGGGUUCCGCAAAGGUUGUAGCCGUGGAGGAUGAUGGAUUCGACCCACGAAGCAUUCCUCUUCAAAGAUGGGAUGAUUACGCGUUACAUAACAACCUCCCAGGACGUCGUGGAGUACCAGUUGAAAAGGCAUAUGACACAUACGACGAUCAAUACGAAAUGGAUGAUAUGAAAUCCAUGUACUCAUCCGUCAAACCCGCAUCCACCAUCCUAACCGGUUUUCCUGGUCGCGGUCCAUACAUGCCUCCUCAGUCCACUUACUCCGCAAACCAAUACGCCGAUCAUCCUCUUCGCAAUGCAUCCGCCAUGUCCCAUCGCCAACAAGAUGGUUCCGGUUCUCCUUACCAAGAUUACCCUGCCAACAAUCGUCCCUCGAUGCAAAUGAUGUCUUCAGAGAAUCUUCUUGGUGGUCCAGCACGUCAUCAAUCUCGCUCAUCGCUCGGUUUUACAAGCGGUGCUCGUUCGCCUUUAGUGGGAGCUGCCAUCGAAAGACCCGCUAGUGGAUUUGAUUUCCAAAGGGGCACUGCUGGACCAGAUGAUAUGCAAAUUGUAGAGGCUAUCCAAAGUUGUUUGAGAGAGGUAGAUUUGGAUAAUGUUACGAAGAAACAGGUUAGGGCCUUGGUGGAGCAGAGGUUACAGACGGAGUUGGUGGGGGAAAGAAGGACGUUUUUGGAUAGGAGUAUCGAUAGUGAGUUGGCUGCUAUGGAGGAAAGGGAAGGAAAGGAAAUGAAAGGAAAGGAAAGGGACGAAGAGGAUCUUUAG